AAUUUCCAAUUAAAAAUUGAAUGGGAAAUAACGGAAUAAGUUGUAAACAUUUCAAUCAUUUUACACGCAAUAUUUGCAACCUCGCCUUCUGAAUUUCUGAUUUGCAAUUCUAGCAGUCGACACUUUUGUACACAAUCGAAAUCGUGAACACGUGAGUCGUGAGGCUCGUGUGUGCUGUGAUCGUCACCGAAUUCCGGUACCAGGAAACAUACUGUAAAAAGGUGAUCCUCAUCUUGAGGAGAAAAUGGUCGACUCACCAUCAGUCAGCAAGCGGCGUUGAUGCUGAUCACAAGUAAAAAUAUUAUACGCUUCUUUUUAUUUGUCAACGCCAAUAAUUUUACAAGCGCAGGCUCACAUCUGUUUUUCGUAUUCGUUAUUUUUGUGGUUACAUCAUGCUGUGCUUAAAAAUAAAUUUUGUUUGUUCGAAUUCAAUGAUGAAAGUUCUAUUGAUUGCCGUUUAUUUUGCGAGACUAGUGGUUACCAAAAGUCCCCAUACUGACGUAGAAAAUCUUAGUCCUUAUCGACUUCCAGAUGCCAUAUCUCCUGUUAAUUAUCAGCUGACACUUUUACCAGUUAUUGAAGACAAACCUCGACUGUGUGGCCACGUUUGGAUCAAUGUGACAGUCCAUUCCUCGACCAAUGUCAUUAUUCUUCACGGUCAAAUCCUUCCCGUCGAGACGGUUGUUUAUGCAGACAGUGAACCGACUGAUGACAACGGGGCAUCGAGAUCAGUGGUGGAAAAGUUAUGUUUCUCCGGUGUACUCGCUACCCUCGAACAGUUGAACGACGACCAACCAAAGGCUCGAGACGACAACGAUAUUGCUCAAAGCGUUCAUUUAAAUGAAGACUCUGAACAACUGAUUAUUAUUCUUAAAGAGGAACUGGUGGUAGGUGCCUAUUACCGGAUUGGUAUCCUCUACUUGGCAGAGAUUAAUGACGGUGACAACAUCGGGUUCUUCCGCGUCCAGAAGAAAAAUGAAGACGUCAGCAAUUGCUGUCCGCAAAGAUGGCUAGGGGCCACUCAAUUCGAACCUGCACAUGCUCGUAAAGUAUUCCCUUCCUUUGACGAACCCGCUUUCAAAGCGACUAUUGGACUCACAGUUGGACAUGAUUCUGUGCUAAAAGCCAUUUCCAACAUGCCUUGGAAAUCGUCAAAAUCCUUAGAAACCGUUGACGACUGGGUUUGGGAUACAUUUGAAACCACUCCGGCGAUGUCUACCUAUUUGCUGGCGUGCGUCCUGUCCGAACUCGAGUACUUGGAGACCAGCUACCUGUCAAUAGACGGCCGAAAUGUUUCUCUCCGACUAUGGACUGAAAAACCGAAAUUCAAUCAACUGGAUCUGGCGUACCGUUUGGUUCCUCAAAUUAUGGAAACGUUAGAAAACUACAUAGGAAUUCCCUACUCUCUUCCUAAACUGGACAUGGUCUCACUCCCAGGAUAUGAUUUAGCCCGAGCCAUGGAAAACUGGGGCUUGAUCGUGCAAAGUGAAUCGACUCUCCUUAAAGAUAGCAACAAGGAUGACACAAUGGAAAAGGCUAUUUUUGCCAUCACUAUUGUUCACGAACUUGCUCACCAAUGGUUCGGAAACCUCGUCACAUCUAGCUGGUGGUCUGACAUCUGGUUAAAUGAAGGGCUAGCAACGCUUUUUGAGGGGAUCGUCCUUAAUCGGAUAGCCCCUGAACUUGGAGUUGACGUCAUCACCGUCCUCUUUUUUCAACAAGCGUUGUUUCACGAUAACAUGAACAUAUCUGUACCUCUGAACUAUCCAGUUGAACUACUUCCUACCAUCGAACAUAAGUUUGACGGAUUUGCCUACGCUAAAGCGUCCGUGAUUUUCAGAAUGGUUAAAUCGUUUGUUGGAGACGAAGCUUUCCGGAGCGGGCUUAAUCGCUAUUUCAAUAAAUUUCAAUUUAAAGCCGCCAACAGCACCGACUUAUGGAUAAUUCUCACCCAAGAAUCUCGCCGGACAUCCACAAUCUCUUCUCGCAAACAUCUGACUAGGAUCAUGAAGAAUUGGACUGACCAAUCUGGAUAUCCGUUGAUUCAAGUAGAUCGCAAUCCAGAUGGUACAAUCCAACUCACACAGACACCAUAUUCUGAUUUGAAUAUGCAUUCGUUGGAUAACGUUACCGAGACUGCUUCUUGGUGGGUCCCUAUCUCAAUGACCAAUGGUGGAGAUCCUAAAUUCUCUCUAAAAGAUAGACUUCCGGUAGUGUGGCUUACCCCCAAGGUGCCAUCGAUGGCCAUUGAAGGUCCCGACGACAGUAACACCUGGAUUUUAGUUAACCUUGAAUACAGCGGCUAUUACCGAGUGAAUUAUGAUCGGCUUGGAUGGGAGCUUCUGUCUGAACAGCUUGUGCGCAAUCACACAGUGAUUCCAGCUUUGAAUCGAGCCCAACUGAUUGACGACGUGUUCACUCUUUGUCACAUUAAAAUCCUACCGUAUGAAGUCAGCCUGAGAUUGAUUGAAUAUCUCGCCCAUGCUGAGGAAGAACCUUUCGUUCGGAGUGUUGCAGUCGGCCAUGUCGGUCGUAUUCAACAAAUGAUGGAGAUGCAACAUAUCAACAAUGACUAUCUUACCAACAUGGUUAAGGUUAUGAUGAGUUACAUUGUGCCGUCGCAGAAAACCGAGUCUAGAAAUUUUUAUUCCACUGAUGUUGACUUUCGCUGCCUAAGUGAGGAUGAUCAAUGCGUGAGUCGUGUUCUAAGCCUCUUCCAUGACUUUGCUAAUGGAACCGAGACUUCUGCUCAAUCCAGGUUAAUGAAAAAUCAUUUUGACCAUGUUUGGUGCACAGCCUUGCGCCACGGAGGCAAAUCAGAAUGGUCCUACGCUUGGAAUAGUACUCGUACUCCCUCAACAAAAUUGCCCAAGAAAAGAAAAAUUCUUAAAGCGAUGGGUUGUACCGCGGAUGUGAAUCGCAUCCAGCAAUUGCUUUCUCGAGUCUUUCUUCCUAGUACCAGCCAACAGCCCAUUGAAACUUCAAUCAUCCUACACAGUUUAGCUGAGAAUCCUUCUGCCCGUCCGUCGGUCAUGACAUUCGUUAUGAAAAAUUGGGCGUUUCUCAGCAAACAUUUCCGAAAUCCUUCUCUGAUGCGGGAUCUUCUUGUGGUUGUCACUCAACAUUCUUCCUCAAUAGCAGAACUGAGAAAGGUGAGCGCCUUUUUGGAGCAAAAAGCAAAAGAGCUCGGACCAGGAAUUACCGAUCUCAUCGUCGCCACGAUUAGCAGUAAUAUACGACAGGUUGAGCUGCUGAAGCUAGACUUAAGCUAUCAGGGUUUAAUUCAUGAUUUUAGCAAUGAUCUAACUCAAGUAGAACAAAUUUCAUUAUCUGAAAAUUGAUUUGUACUUCAACGCAUGACAUAAUAUUGAUUCUCUUGUGCUGGUACGUAAUUUAUUCAAUGUCAAUUCAAACGGUGAACUUAACUAACACUUUUUAUUGUUGAUGAGCUUGUACUAAAGUUAAAUUAUAGGUGUUAAAGUUUCUGUUUGAAAUUUGCAUUCUGAAUGGUGUUAAUUGUUGAAGCUUAAAAGACAUUCUCAGAAAGCUUUUAUUUGUUAUUGGUAAACUGUAAUAUAAAGACCUACUCAAAUUAAUAGUAGCCUACUACUGGGGCUUAUCACUUUAAAAAUCCUACGAAAAACAGGUGAUUUUUCACCGCUUGUGUUAAUAGCUGGCGGCGAAGUUCAUCAUCUUGGCUUAGGCUGCCUGGGUAAGUUCAAAUGGAUCAAUCGUUAUUUUCAAAUUAACACAGCUUUGUAAUUUCAAAGAGCAAAUAGGAUAUAAACGGAAGACGAAACAGCAAUGAAUCGAAAUUGCGGUCUUGUGAAAGGAGUCCGACUACUUAGCGUGCAUUAUGUUGUCGAUUCACGCUAAAUAAUUGUUUCGAGGUAACGACUGGUUUUUUAUUUCCUUUACGAAAUAAUUCAUCUGAAGUUUCACUUAACUGACCAUAAUAACUAAAAAUAACUUAAAUGUCACGGACUGUAAACAAAUUAAGCAAUUUUCAUUUAUGUAACAAACUUUUCGUCAAUCUUUCCUUAAUCUUUCGAAUCCUGUGUGGUACGAUCACCCUUGUACCUUAUUACGUUGCUUUAUCAGUUCGCCAGCAAAUAGUGUUUGCCAGAGAGUAAAUAACGUUCACCAUGACUAGGCUUUUUAAGACUAUAUAACAACUUUGUUUAGUAACGUGAUUGUCAGUUUGUAAUACUCUUUGUUGUGGGAGGAAAAUUUACGAAAUAAAAUGAAGUACGGCCAAACUUUAGGUUGCAUGGUAGCGGUUAUACUGCUGAGCUGUGGAUGCUUGGCGAAACCCAGCAAUCGUGAAACAGUCAUGGAAAAUGAGAAAGAACUCGAUCCUGCUUUCAUUUUACGCUGGACAGUAAUUGAAGGCACGGGUGACAUUGAAAUAGAAAUCCAAGCUAAUUGCACUGGCUGGACGGGGAUUAGUUUUGCUGAGGGCCAGAUUGGCCAGCCUGGAUCAUACGGCGACGUUAUGAUGGGGGGAUUCAACGAUGAACUCCAGCUGGGCUACAGUGAAGAUAGACACAUUGCUCUGGAGAAUCCUGAUCCUGCUAAUGGACACUUGUUUGAUGACAGCAACGAUAUUUUGUUGAAAAGUGCUCGAUACGAGGAACCGUGGACCAUCAUCCGCAUUUUACGUAGUCUCAAUACUGGCGAUUCCCAAGAUAUCCCUAUUUUGCCUGGACCAAUGACAGUAGCUUGGACCAUUUCUUCCACUGACGAUACGUCUCUUGGGCACGACACCGCUGGCCUCAGUCGAGUAACCUUCAUUCCUCUUUGAAGAGAAAAGAAGCUUAAUUACAGAUAUGGCUGUUCAUAAAUUGCGAUUAAUUGCUUUAUCCAAUUUUAGCUUUCAAAAAUAAAUAAAAUCUACAUGAAAAUAGUUAAUACAGCAACGAAAUUUCCAA